AUGAGUCAUGUCAGAGCCGAUUCUCGCCUGAAGUGGGCCGGCAUCGUCGAUGAGGCCCGGGCGGGGGAUUGGGACAUCACGCUGUUAUCAGAGAUGCAUGCUCCAGAUGACAGUUGCGAUUGCAUUGUCCGCGUGGAGGAAUACACUGUCGCGAUCGCUCGGAGCGCUGCCAUCAUGCUCAGCCCCGCCGACGUCCUGGGGUGCCUGAACGACAGUAGCCUGAGCCACCUGGACUCGCAUCUGGCUACCAGGCACCGCGCGACGUUCCGCUUCCCUCAGCAGACGACGGCCGCGAACCGCUGGCGGGAGCACGACUACUUCGCCACGGACAUGCCGUGCUUGGCCGGCCUCUGGUGCCAACUGCGGACAGGGGCCCUGCCGUUCGGGGACCACUUCUUCAAGAGGGCCCGCCUUCAGCUGCCGGCGGCGCCGGGGGCCAAGGAGCGCCGCAUGGCAAGAGGCCCCCCGGGCACUGUCCAGUCUGGCUUCGGCGACGGAGCUCGGCACGUGGGCUCCAUCCGACGCGAGUGGACGCAGGGCCCUUCCGCCGCAGCCACCGCGUUGAGGGAGCAGUACUCCGCGGCGGCCGACGCGGCACUGGACGCUCGUGGCGCGCCAGAGGAGGAGAUGGCCUGGGACGACCUUGCUGCGAUUGAAUGCCCAUUCGUCGCCCAGCUGCGCACGAUUGGUCGUCAGAAUGCCACUGCGCGGCGGCUGGCCCGGGACGCCGCGCGUCGCGCCCGGGGCGCGCCUGGCGAGGAGGCCGCAGCGGCCGCUCACCGUGAGACUCGCAGGCGGCAUCGGCUUGAGCACCGACAGGCCCGGGCACGACUCGCCAAGGAAGCGGCGGCUGACCUGGCCCGAGCAGCGGCCGACAACGACACAGGAGCACUAUACCGAGGCCUUCGCCGCCUCGGCGCGUGGCUGAGUGAUCUCGCCCCCACGGAGGCCCUGCCGUUCACUCCGAAGGAUGCUCGCGACCACCUCCUGAAGCUGGACGAGGCUGCUCCGGCGGUGGACGCUGCUGUGCUGGACACGGUCCCGCCGCACGUCUGGCGCGACGCCUUCCCGCCGGGCAUGUCCGACCUUGCGGAGCCCCCCUCGGCCGACGAGGCACGCGCUGCCAUUCGUGCGAUGCGGGAUUCUGCCCCUGGAGACGACGAGGUCAGCAUCGGCAUGAUCCGGGCCGCCAGCACCAGGGUCCAGGAGCAGGUUAUCCGCCUGGCGCAGCAGAUGUGGGUUGCCCCGCCAACCGCCUGGAGGGGCCAAUUCGGCGAGACGCCCUUUCGGGGGUUGCAGAUAUUGCUGUUCAAGAAGAAGGGGCUGCGGACGGAUCUGAACAGAGGCAUACGCCUCCCGUCGGUGCUGUCGAGGAUUCUGGCCAAGACGGACACGCUCUGCUUGAUUUUGUUCGACAUCAUGAAGGCGUUUCCUUCUGUUCCUCGCCCACUACUACGCGCUGUCCUUCUACGGCUGGCCCUCCCCGCAACCCUCGUGGACCUGGUGAUCGGCCUGCGCGACGUCACCUUCUACGUCGUGCGGACGGCUGCGGGCGACUCCGACCCCUACUGCCUCAGGAGAGGCGUGCGGGAGGGAUGCCCUACCUCUGGCUUGCUCUUCACACUGUACCACGCAGUGGUAAUGGCCGCGAUUCUGCCGAAGCUGCCCAAGACUCUGGUCACUUACGACCCAGAGCGGCCCCUCCCGAGGGCGGCGCCCGCAGCGGAGACGAAGCAGACCCUGGUGCUGGACACGCUCUGCUUCGUCGACGACACGACUGCGCUGCAGGAGAAGCGCCACUGUGCCGCCACAGAGCAGGUUGUCAGCGACGGCCUGCGUGCGUUCGGUUCCCUGAUCCACCCGGGCAAGACCGAGCGCUACCUCCCGCGCGGAGCGGCUCCGGCCACGGACGCCGAGCCCGCCCGGCAGCCCGCCGUGAAGCUGCUAGGCGCUUGGUUCGACGCAGAUGGCUCGUACGUUUCUCACGACAACCACCGCUUGGAGGCUGCUCGGAAGGCUUGGCGGGCCCUCUGGGGGCAGAUGCCCAGGCUCGGGCUGACUGUGCGGCAGCGGGGCUCCAUCGCGCAGGCAGCUGUCAUAUCCAGCCUCCUCUACGGCGCAGAGGUGAGAGCCUUACACUCGACCACCAUCGCGCGGUACCAGCGGCUCGUCGACAGAAUGGUGCGGGGGCUCACAGCGUGCCGUCUCCGCUCCAUGAAGGGCCUCAAGACGGGUACCGACCUGCGCAGGGAAGCUGGCAUCCAGUCGAUCGAGGUGCAGGUGAAGCGACGCCAGUAUCAGCACUUGGGACACGUCGCCCGAUACCCGCCGGAGCGGGUCGAGCGCUACAUCCUCGGCGCCUGGAUCCCAGGUGUCUCGGACUUGACAACGGGCCGUGGGGAGGGCAAUCGUCCGCGGCUGCGCGCGCAGUACUGGGCCCGCAUCAGAGAGGUCAUGUGCCACUGA